AUGUCCUGGUCCCAGAAGAACUUUACCCUGCCCGCGCGCAGCCGCGGCUCCUACCUGAUCACCGAUCAUGUCCUGAAGGAGGUGCCCGAGAUCCGCGACUACAAGGUCGGCAUGCUCAACCUGUUCAUCCAGCACACCAGCUGCGCGCUUUCGCUCAACGAGAACUGGGAUGACGAUGUCCGCGCGGAUAUGAGUGAUGCCCUUGACCGAAUCGCACCUGAAUCAAACCUCUACCGUCAUUCCGCCGAGGGCGACGAUGAUAUGCCGGCUCAUAUCAAGUCCGCUCUCAUCGGCGCUUCAGUGAAUAUCCCCAUCUCCAACGGCCGCCUGGCGACCGGUACUUGGCAAGGUAUCUGGCACCUCGAGUUCCGCACAAGCCGCCACUCGCGCAAGGUCGUCGCGACCAUCCAAGGUCAGAAGGCGUGACUCGAUGCUGAAAUGAAGGAGCAUCUAUGAU